GUGGCGUCAGUUUGUCACUACGGCUUGAAAUUUGUUGUAAAAAAACGUAGUUCUUCGACUUUAGAAACAGUAUUUCCUGAUAUAAUCCUCGUACUGCUGCUUCUCGGCUGAAGGAAUCACGGAGGUAUUUUAUGUCUGAAAUUCAGUUUGUAGAGUUGCUACUUCCGGUGAGACGCGCGUCCUUGGAAACCGGGAGUUCAGUGUAAACAAACGGGCAAAGAAACCGCGAAUAAAGAAGCUGUAAGAGGAGAGACUGGCUUAAUUCACACCGUUACCGAGAGAGAUCUUCGUGUUCU